AGACGCCCAGCCCCGGUCUUUUCAGAGUUUGUCUGGACUUGGUUGCCGGAACUGGUUCGCGCUGCCUAUACAAUGGUCCUGGAGCUUUACCUGGAUCUAAUCUCACAGCCCUGUCGUGCGGUCUAUAUCUUUGCCAAGAAGAACGGCAUCCCGUUCCAAAUGCAAUCGGUGGACCUGCGCAAGGGUGAGCACCUCAGCGAUGCGUUUGCCCUGGUGAAUCCCAUGAAGAGGGUACCAGCCAUGAAGGAUGAUGACUUCGCCUUGAGUGAGAGUGUGGCCAUCCUGCUCUACCUGACCCACAAGUAUAAGGUUCCUGACCACUGGUACCCCCAAGAUCUGCAGGCCCGUGCUCGUGUGGAUGAGUACAUGGCAUGGCAGCACACAACCCUUCGGAAAAGCUGUCUCCGGGCCCUGUGGCAUAAGGUGAUGUUUCCUGUGUUCCUGGGUGAGCAAGUGCCUUCUGAGAGGCUGGCAGCCACGUUGGCAGAGUUGGAUGUCAACCUGAAGAUGCUUGAGGACAAGUUCCUCCAGGACAAGGCCUUCCUUGUUGGGCCCCACAUCUCCCUUGCUGACUUGGUAGCCAUCACAGAGCUGAUGCAUCCUGUAGGUGGUGGAUGCCCAGUCUUCGAAGGGCACCCCAGGCUGGCUGCGUGGUACCGGCGAGUGAAGGCAGCAGUGGGGGAAGACCUCUUCCAAGAGGCCCAUGAGGUCAUCCUGAAGGUGAAGGAUUCUCCACCUGUCAACCCCAUCAUAAAGCAGAAGAUCAUGCCCAGAGUGCUGACCCUGAUCCAGUGAAUCCAGAAGCUUCAUCCCUGCAGCAUUAAAGGCAAUUCGCAAAGCACCUGCAUUUCACUAGGGAUCCAACCUGGCCUCACCACAUAUUGGUUCUCAGGCCAGGCUCCAUCUUCACUCUUUCCAUGAUAGCCACACAUGACCACAACUAUUAUCCCUACCUUUUGAUUUGAGUUUGGGUAAUAAACCUAGGCUCGAUUUGAGCCUUAGCA